AUAGUCACACCGAUUGUCGCCGGAAAUGAGAUAAAAUUAUCAAAAAAUGAAUUGGUUAUAUUUUAAUGUUUUACCUGUUUUUCUUCUUUUAAUCUGUAAUGUUUUUACAGAAGUAAUUGAAUUAGACACAGGCGAUGUAUUUAAAAUUGAAGGCAGGGUUGAAGUUGUCUCUACAACGGAGAAAGACUGGAUGGCAAAUACCCAGGUUGUGGUCGAUGGAGGCGAAUUUAUCGCACAUUUGAAGGGUGAUGGCAGUUUUGUUAUAAAUGGUGUCCCAUCAGGCACGUAUGUGAUAGAAGUAUUAAACCCUACAUAUCUGUUUGAAUCGGUCCGAGUUGAUAUUACUUCUAAAGGAAAGAUGAGGGCAAGACGAGUCAAUUAUUUACAGCCAUCUGUAGUGAAAACCCUGCAUUAUCCAUUAGAAUUCCGAGAUAGAAGGAAGGCAAAUUAUUUCCAGAAAAGAGAGCAAUGGAAGAUUACAGACUUUCUUAUGAAUCCAAUGGUAUUAACAAUGGUAUUGCCUUUAGUGUUGAUAAUGAUUUUACCAAAGAUGAUGAAUGCUGCAGAUCCUGAAGCACAGAAGGAGAUGCAGUCCCAGAUGAAAGCUUUAAAUGAUAAGUCCAGUUUACCAGACAUGUCUGAAAUGUUGGCGGGCUGGCUGGGUGGAGGCAGCACAAAAUCCAGUUCUAAACAGAAAGCGAGAAGAUAGCGGUGCAAUAUUUUUAUGUGUUGUUUUAUUUUGUGACAGUCCUUUCUGUAAUUAAUGUAAGUUUUUUAUUACCAAAUGUUUGAGAGGCAUGCAUGAGAAAAAUGUGGUACAUAGUUUUACUGUUCAUUAUACAGAAGAAAAAAAUUGAGGGAGCAGUUUGUUUUUUACAAGUCAGUAAUUCUGUAUUGAGUACAAAUUACACAUUUUGGAUAAAUGCUGAUAUAGCACUGUUAGGAAUUACUUGUUGCAAUUUCUUGUUUCAUAUUUGAUGGUACAUGUACAUUCUUUAGAUAAAUUUCCUAAGUAGAUAUUGUAAAGAAAUUUUGUAAAUUUUCAUCUUUUUAAAUUUGGAACAUAGAAUUUUUGUUGUAAAAUGUAUAAAUAAAAUUGAAAACAGUUUUUAACAUUUAAUGAACUGAUUUGCUCAGUACAUUUUUUGACGUCAUAUUUGAGAGAAAUUGUUGUGCUCAAUUUGGAUGAUUUUAAAGAAUUGAGAAUGUUUUGUAAAGUAAGAUAUUUUCUUUUGCUCUGUGAAAGUUUUAUUAAAUGACACAGUCUGUUGGUCAUUGUAUAUAAUAGAUUUGUUUGACUGCAUCUGACAAUUUUAAAAAUUAUUCAAGCAUAAUGAGCAUUAUAUUGAAAUAAGAAAUUUUCCAUUGGAGUAAAUCUAGGUUGAAGGAAACUGUAAAAGAGUUGUACAUAUGUAAUAUUUUAUAUUUGUAUGAAUUGUAAGUGAAGGAAUAUUAAAAUUGUUUGUUCAACAAAAAUGAAGAAAUUUUCUAUGCUCAAACUCAGUUCUCGGGUGUUUCAUUGUUCAGAAACCAAUGGGAAUCCUGAGAUGCGAGACAAAUGUCAGAAGUGUUUUAUAACCCGUCCCAGUGUUCACUAAGAAAAGAUCAGGACCCCCUGAAAUGAUCCUGAUAAUAUUUUCAUUGUUUUAUACAACUAAAAUUGAUUGUAUUUUCCAGAAUUAAAUGGUACAAUUGCGGAUUUGCAAAGAAACAAACCGUUUAUGGGAUACAAUUGACAAAUAACAAAACAAAUACAAAAAUAAUUGGAUCAUAAUUAGGUUUAAUUUUAGGAUCAAGACCAAUAUUUGGAUCAACUGUAAAAUGCCCAUAUCUUCUAACAAAAAAAAAACAACAAUAGAUUUCUUCUAAAAUUUCAUAUUCCAUUUUAAUUAAGUUAAUAUAAAAUAUUUAAUAUAUGAGACAAUGGAGAAUAUUUGGGUUUUUGGAUUUGAUCCUGAUCUUUAAAUUUUUGUGAAUAAGGAGCCUGGAGAUCUGUAUGUUAAUUUUCAUGUCUUAUGUUGUGUGAACACAUUGUUAUACUUUUGCUACACUUAAUAUUUUUAGAAUUUAA